AAUUACAUUUUCGAUUAUUUUUUUCCGCAUUCGUUUGAGACUGAAUUUUGUAUCUAUUCUGUGAGUGUAUCUCUUUAUUGCUUUAAGUCUAGGCGGCGAUGUAGUCUAUUGCUCGGAUGCAGAUUCGUUCUAUCGAAUAGAUUUAAUUAUUACACUUUUGUAUACUCUAUCCAUUUUUGUAUUUUGAUUAAAUUUGACCUGUGAAACUCUUAACUCUAUUUACAAUUUUAAUUUAAUUUUGCACAAAAAUUUUAUUUUAAUUGUUCUUGUCUUUUGCGUGUUUGAUUGAAAUAGAAAAAAAAACCUUUAAGUGUUUUGAUAAUAUGGCUAGCAAAUGCACAAUACAAUUUGACAAUAAUCCACUUGGGGUUUAUUAUGCUGGGCAGACAAUUUCUGGAGUAGCUGAACUCAUCACUGCAAGGCCAAAGACUAUAAGAUCAAUUUACAUCAGUAUCAAUGGCCAUUCUGAAGUACGUUGGACUGAAAAUGUCUACAAACAAAAUGCUCAAGGAAAACGUGAAAAUGCCAUUGAAACAUUCUCAUCCACAGAAUUAUAUUUCACUUCAGAAAAAUAUGUUUUCGGGUCGAGUGGAGGUAGUCAACUUGAACUUAUACCUGGAAAAUAUGUGUAUCCUUUUCAAGCCACCAUACCCCCCAACGCACCAACUUCUUUCAAUGGAACCGAUGGAAAAAUAACCUACGAAGUUGUAAUGGUUAUUGAUCGUGUCCUUCGUUAUAAUAAUACUUUUAAACAAGAAUUCACUGUAAUUUCACCCUAUGAUUUGAAUUUAAAUCCUUUGCAUGCAAAUCCAAUGGAAACAGAAGAACGUAAAGUAUUUUUCUUGAGCAUGUGUUGCGGUGGUAAAAAUCCAAUAACAAUCAAAGCUCGAGUUCCAUUUUCGGCUUAUUCACCAGGACAAAGAAUUCGAUUUAAUGUAGUACUGGACAAUCAAUCAGAUGUUAGAUGUUCAGAUAUAAAAGUAAGACUUAUGAGAAAAGUAACUUACACUUGUCAUAUACCGGAAAUAAAAACAAAGUGGAAUGAAGUUAAAAUUGCUCAAGUUCUAUUGGGUGAAGUUGUGAAGAAAAAUCGAGCGGAAAUGAAUGAGUAUUUAGAGAUACCAUCUACGGUUCCAUCUUCCUUGGAGAAUUGUUCAAUUAUAAAAAUUAUUUACACAUUGAAAUUUACUGUAAAAUUAGCUGGAUUUUAUUCGGAUUUAGAUCUUGUAUUUCCUCUUACGGUUGGUACACUUCCAUUACAAGCUAGCUUAGUGGAAGAACAAAAUGCUGUGAUUGUUGGUCAGCCUGGAGUUACACCAGUUUAUAAGCCAAUGCCUCCACCAACAUACCAGGAUGAUGUUACAGCAAAAGGAAAAUAUCAGGAUAAAACUUUUGUUCCCAAGUAUCCUGUUUUUUCGUAUCAAAUUACUGCUGGAACUAUUCGAGACCCACCUGGAAACUUAUAUCCAUCUAUGACACCACAAGCACCUGUAGCUCCAUAUCCAACUUCUCCAAUUCCUCAUGAAUUUAAUGAGACAAACGGAAGUGGAAAUACUUCACAAAUUGGUUGGAAGACUUAAAUUGAUAAAUUCUGCGAAACAACCAAAUAAAGAAGAAAGAGAAAUAAUUAUAUUUUUAUAAUAAUUAUACCUGCUAUAAUCAUAUUUUUAUACACACACUAAUCUACUGCUUUUGCUUAUGUAUAUUUUAUUAUUUAUAAAGAACUUUUAUGCUUUCCAAAAUUAUGUAUUAUGAUUUACACUGAAAAUA